UGGCCCUGCUAUUUUACGUACAGUCUCUGUACAUACAUAAUGAUUUAUUGGUGAUUUGAUGAUUCAGUAUCGGUAUCGCACCGUCGCACACAGGCGGUCGCGGUAUUCGAAAUAAUAGGUACUACGAUAAUCGAAAAGAAUGCGGAAUCUUAUCAGGAUCUUUAGUCGGAUCGGAGAAGAGGUCGAUCUCGGUCGAUCGAUGAUCAAAUGGAAAGUGUUAUGAAUUAAAAAAUAUAAGAGAACGAGUUUGGAAUCUAAAUUUUUAUAAAUUUUCAAACUGUAACCGAUGAAUUGACGAGAGUGGUGCCAGUGUGGCACUGAAAACUGCUCCGUCGUCGUAUACACACCGAAGUAUUCACGUGUCAAAGCGCACACGUCGACCGUCUACGUACUUAUAUAUACCUCCUCGAGAACAGAACGGAGCGUAGCGUACAAGUGUAGUACGAUUCACACCUGUUUGUCGGUCGGAGAUCUUGGUACGUCGUGGUGAACGAACGUACACAACGCGAGUGGAACGGUGUUCCGAGUUAUUUGAAACUGAAAUUUUCCCGAGGCACCUUUGGCAAACGGGAAAUCAGAGAGAUGGCACCGAAACAGAGGAUGCGUAUCGCCAACGAAAAGGCCACGAAAAACAUUACGCUUCGUGGAAAUGUUCCGAAGUCGUCGAAACCACAAGACGAAGGAUCUCCGGUAGGUCCUUGCCUGCUGGCACUCUUCCUCUUCGUCGUCUGUGGUUCCGCUGUGUUUCAAAUAAUUCAAAGUAUUAGAAUGGCUUAAGGAUGAGCAACGUGGAGGAGUUGCGACGAUGUUACUGUUACUGUUAAUAUGACGAGAAGCCGUCUACAAACUAUUGGUAUAAAAAAAAAAAAAAC